UGCCCCAGAGCAAAUGUCUGCGUUUCUAGUUCAUGAUUAUUUUUAUUUGCAGGUAUGAGGAAGACGGUGACAUCACAGCUCUGGAGUCAGCACUGCCGAUCUUCGACAGUCUGGUGUCCGACUUCGCGGUGCCGGAGGACCAAGUGUCCGAGGCUCGCGGUCUGGUGAUGACACAGAGUGUGCUGGUGUGCUGUAGGGGGGGAGACUUCCAGGCUGCAGAGCAGGUGUUCUCUAGGGUCUGGGUGCCUGGAGCUGCGACGACUGCGAAGAGAAAGAAACUCCGCUCAAAGGUCCAGGAGGUGAUGAGGUCAGGGAACCCUGACCACUCUCUGGUUCAGGUCAGGUGUUCGUACGACAAGUUUCUCACCUGGAUGAUCCAGUUCCUGCACCUCAUCGUGGACGGAUUCUCGCUGCCGUUCCUCCUGAAAGCCGCCCAGCGGGUGCUGAGGGCCAGGAUAGAUGCUGGGGACGGAACAGAAGCACCAGAAGAAAGCCUGUCUCAAUCUGAGAGUGAUUCUGACAUGUACGAGACUCCGUCUGAGAACGAAGCACCUCCCAAGGAGCAGGAAGAAGAGUUUGUGUUCAAUUCCCCUGCACUGCUGCGGGAGUGUUUUCUGGUCAUGGCUAAGGAGGAGAGAUCGGGGUCAGAGUGGACAGACGUCAACGGAUACGACUACCGUAACCUUCGCGGGGAUUUGGCGAAGAGCCGAGAAGCUAAAACAUCCGGGGCUGCUUCUGAGAAGGAUUUGGAGCAAAACCGCGAAGAGAAAACAUCUGGAUCUGGUGUGAGAAAGAGUCCACGGAAACACCAGCAAGCAGCAAAAAACUCGGAGCCAACAGAAAGGCGAAGCCCUCGGAAGAAAACAUCGUCAGAGACAACGGGACGUCAUGAGUUUGCCACACAUGGAGCUGUGCAGAGCCGUGGAGAGAAGCGCAAACAGCAAACAGAUGAAGAAAACUUCGAGAAGACAGAAAACCGCAAGAAAACCCAGACAACGUCUGCCCCUUCCACCGACCGAAACAAUCCGGGACGGAUGCAGAAAUCAGGAGACACUGGAAAAGACAUCAGAUAUUGGAUGACGAGUGACCAGCCUUCCACAAGCGGGGUUCGCAAGAAGGUCCACAAGCAGGCGGAGCGACGAACACUGGUGGAAAGUGACAGCGAAUCAUCAGAAGAGGAGACACGGAAGGAGAACGUGACGCAAGGAUCGAAGAAAAGACCGAGGGACAGACCGGAGUACGGAAACGGGGUGAAGGAGACUUGGAGCUCUGAUGAGGAGACAUUCCGAGCGCCGGUGAAGAAGAAGUACUACAUCUAUGACUCGGAUUCUGACAGCUCCGAGAACUUUCCUAGCGCCCUGCCCUGCAGCGCGGCCAGUCUUGUCGUACCCCGCCGGCUAGUACAGAAGAGAGAACCGUUAGACAUCACCAGCAAAGGACAAGUCCGCUCCCGGUUCAGGUGGGCCGAAUACGAGGUGGAAAACCUGAUCAAAGGCGUGCAGGAGUACGGCGUGGGUCACUGGUCUGAGAUUCUGGACAAUUACCGCUUCAAGAACCGUACUAAUGUUAACCUUAAAGAUAAGUGGAGGCAGUUGGUCAAGUCUGGAACAGUCAGAGAAUUCCCCUAGUAGCAGAAGCAAAAUCUAGUUACUGUAAAACCUUUAGUAAAAUCUACUACAAAAAAGUACAAUUAGAAAACAAACUUUCAUUUACACAAGAACCGUACUAACGUUAACCUUAAGGACAAGUGGAGACAGCUAGUCAAGUCUGGAACAGUCAGAGAAUUCCCCUAGUAGCAGAAGAAUACCAGGACAUGGCUCUAAAUUCAUUUUUGGGAACAGGCUAAAAAAUUAGGUACACAUAAAAUCUUUUGGGUACCGGUAUUUACAGAUCUUACUCUUCUGAGCUGAAUUCCCCUAGUAGCAGAAGAAAUUUAGGGAGUAAAAGAAAAAUGACAACUUUUAUUUGCACAAUAAUCGCAAGAACUAACGUUAAUUUGAAAGAUAAGUAGAGACAGCUGUUUAAGUCUGGAACAGUCAUGGGCAAAGAAAUCCCCUUGUAGCAGUAGAUCUAAAAAAACACCAGUGAGUGAAAUCUACUACAAAUGCAAAAAAAAAUCACCCAAAGUUUGUACUUCAUAUUGCAUUCUAACUGUUAAUAGCGUAUUUUGAGAGUUAACCAUAUUUUUUUACUGUCAAAGUUGUGAUUGUUAAACAAUCAUAUGUUGUAGUAGAGGACGCAAAUCAUCCUUUAUUGUGCUGUUUGUAUCAGGUAAAUGGUAGAAGAUAUUAUGUAAGGACAGACUAACACAAAUUAUCAAGUUGAUUUAUCUAGUUGGCAAAUUUCUAGUAACGUCCCUAUAACUUUGUUAUGGAGUUAGGCAGCAUGUAGAAGGUUAACUUUAAAACAAGAUGGUUCUGGGAAGACCAGUUGUACAGUAGUGAGUUGUUGUGAACAU